CGAAGAAAAAAAUAUUUUUAUUCCAAAAAACGGUGUAUAGAUAUGGUCAGCCAACUUAUUCAAGAAAAUGUUGAUUUUCUAAAAGAAUUGUCAAAAACAAAGUCUGAAAGAAAGAAAAGGAGACUUAUAAAAUUAUCAAAUACAAAUCAAUUAUUAGCAAUAGCAGAAAUUUGUUUAAACGUGGUAAAAUCGCGACUACAAUUAAAUGCACGCCAAAAGAAAAGAUUAAUGCCCCACAUUAAUUUUGUUCGCCAAAUGAGUCGUGCAAGAAGUGAGAGAGGGGCAAGGCAAAUAUUGCGGCAAAAAGGUACAGGGAUUGGUGUUUUCGCUGCACUUAUUACCCCUGUUCUUAUGGAACUGGCACGUUCAAUUGGAAAUAUAAAAGGAACAAAUUAA